GAGCCUCGUGGCAUACAUCCCUUGCGACUUCCGCUAUGCGUGUGGCCGUGCUGGGCGCUGGCUGCGUGGGCCAGUUCCUCGGAGCGCACUUGGCCUCCGAGGGUGUGGAGGUGCUGCUGCUGGGCCGACAAGCGCUGGAGCGCUCCGUGAAAGCGGGCAAGCUGCAGAUUACAGAUCUGGAGCGGGACGCCCAAGGCUUCGAGCUGUCGCUGGCCCUACCGUCGCCCAAGCUGAAGGUGAGCUUUGACCAGGGCGACUUGAAGUCCGAUGACUUCGACGCCAUCUUCGUCUGUCUGAAGCUAGGCGACACCAAGGCGGCGGCGUGCCUUCAACACUUGCGAAAGAGCACGGUCAUUAUUUCUGUGCAGAAUGGCAUCAACAACAAGCGCCGACUUGAGGAGCUUCUGCCGGGCUUCCCUGUGGUCAGCGGCAUGGUGCCCUACGGGGUCAUCGAGCUGGCGCCCGGGCGGCUCCGCCGCAGCUCCAUGGGCCCGCUGCUCUUCGACGACCACUUCCCCAAGCCGUUGGCUGCCGCCCUGGCAGCCGCGGGCCUGGCGCUAGAGCUGCAGGACGAGGUGGAGACCCACCAGCAGCAGUGCUUCAAGCUGGUCGUGAACUGCCACAACGCGCUGAACGCGCUGGUGGGGCUUCCGCUGGCGCAGUGCUUGCAAGAUGGUCUCUACAGGCAGAUCUUAGCCACGACUUGGGAGGAGGCGCUCGAGGUGUUUCAUCGCUCCGGGCAGAAGCUCGAUGGCUCCGUCAACGGUAUGCCCAUGAGCCGGAACCUGAAAUUCCUGCGGCUGCCCAGCCCUCUGUUCGGGCUGCUUGUGCGGCUGAAGCCGGGGCCACCGCCGGAUCCCAAUUACCACGCCUCGAUGUUCUAUGACUUGGAGCAGAAGAGGAGGACUGAGAUCGAUGAGCUCAACGGAGCGGUGGUGGCCAUGGCCGACUCGGCCGCGAGCCGCUGCCGCGCGCCCGUGAACGCCGCGCUCGCGCGCUUGGUGCGGGCUGCGGAGGAGGCGAAAAAGGGAAGCCCUCGGCUGAGCCCGGAGGCCAUCCUGCGGGAGAUGCAGAAGGACCCGUCCGUCGCUUUGGCCAGCGGACGAGGCGCGGGCGCCUGGCUCCUGGCCGGCUGCGUGGUGCUGGCCGCCUGGGCGGUGAGUAAGCUGUGAAGAAAGCUGCGGGGAUUCGCUGUCGGGCAUGGUAAAACUAGG